AUGGUUCUCACCUCAGGCUCACAUGGUCCUCACAUGGUCCUCACCUCAGAACUCACAUGGUUCUCACCUCAGACCUCACAUGGUGUUCGUCUCAGACUCAUAUGGUCCUCACCUCAGACUCACAUGGUCCUCACCUCAGACCCAUACGGUCCUCACCUCAGACUCACAUGGUCCACACCUCAGACCUCAUAUGGUCCUCACCUCAGACUCACAUUGUCCUCACCUCAGACCCAUAUGGUCCUCACCUCAGACUCACAUGGUCCACACCUCAGACCCAUAUGGUCCUCACCUCAGACUCACAUGGUCCUCACCUCAGACCCAUAUGGUCCUCACCUCAGACUCACAUGGUCCUCACCUAAGACUCAUAUGGUCCCCACCUCAGACUCACAUGGUCCUCACUUCAGCCCUCACAUGGUCCUCACUUCAGACUCACAUGGUCUUCACCUCAGACCUCACAUUGUCCUCACCUCAGACUCACAUGGUCCUCAGCUCAGACCUCACAUGGUUCUCACCUCAGACCCAUAUGGUCCUCACCUCAGACUCACAUGGUCCUCACCUCAGACUCAUAUAGUUCUCACCUCAGACUCACAUGGUCCUCACCUCAGACCUCACAUGGCCCUCACUUCAGACUAA